UCGUGCUAACAAAAUGAAAUUGAAUUUCCUGAUUGUUCUAAUAAUAAGCGCAUUCUUCGGCGUCAUAAUGGCUCUUCCACAACCAAGUGGUACACCACCUAGCGGUCCUCCACCAAAUGGACCACGUCCUAGCGGUCCACCACCAAACGGCCGACGCGGUCCCCCACCAACCAAUAGCACCAGCUCGGGCUAGUUGAAUCGUCUAACGACAUAUGCAGGAACAAAGCCUUGGACAACGGAUAAACCUCUAUGAAUCAGUUUUGGUCUUAACUCUACAGAUCUACAAUUUUAUAGCAAAUUCCUCACUUCUGUUUUUUUUAACAAAUUUCAAAUUAAAAUGCAUUAAAA